UUCAAUGUAGUUACGCGAUCUCGUGAAUUAUCGCGAUAUUCCUUUUCGUCAGAAACAACGUCCCCGAUAGAUCUAAUUCGGAUAAAACAAUCGAGCAGUUACUAUCAACUCGCUUUGCUGAGUCAGAGAAAUGGGAAAAACCGAAAUCUGCCCCACCUACGCAGGGAAAAGCAGCUCCGAAGCCUAAACCAAAGAUCCAACCCAACUUUAAUGUAUACAGUCAAAUCAAAUUAAAUGGUUAUGCAGUGAUCUUGACAAGCGGGAUGGUAACGAAGAUGUCACGCGCUGGGAAGGAGCUUCAUGGAUAAUCAGAUGUAUUGCGGAAGUUCCAAUCUACCAAAAAUUGGAAAACCGAAAUCUGCCCCACCUACGCAGGGAAAAGCAGCUCCGAAGCCUAAAUCCAAAAUAGGUUGUGUCAGCAACGCAGCAUGUUGCGAGGGGUGUCGUAAAGAUUCUGGGCAAAGCUAUGAUGUGACAUGAUUUUCAGGUUUAUUCCUUCACCCGCUUCCUAGAAGAAUUCGAAAACAGGCGAUGGACGUUGGCUUAUAGCGCCAUACCAUAAGCUUACUCGGCACAUCGAUACUGACGAGCUGACUGUGUCAAGAGAAUGCCUGCAACAAUGGGUUGAAUAACAGACAAUCGAUAGAAAUGGAUCAAUUGUAAACAACAUCUGUUCUCACGCAGUUUGAGCAUACCUUUAAGCAAGUUGGGCGGUUGGAACUUACUGGCCAAAGAAGAUUAUUAAUAUGUCAAUGAACAGAGAUAUCGUAUUUCUCUUUAUCUUGGAGGUGACUUUCGUGAGCGUACUGUUAUAUGCAUGUUUGACGUACCAUCCAAUUGUCAAUCAUAAGACCCGGAUACACAAACAAGCACUCUUCAACCUUGCUGUAAAGGAAGAAAAUGUUUCACCGAAAGAACUGAGAAGAGAAACUGGGCAGUCAUGUGUUUUCCCUGUACAUUCACCAAGUCUUGUUCCAUGUCAGCAGAACAACCUCAGUGAGAAACGACGAAUACUAAACGAAUCGCUACCAUGGCUUGAUCUUGAGGCGACCUUGAAUGCGUCCAAGACACUUCUCCCCGGGGGAUACCACCACCCGCUUGGAUGUGCCUCUCCACAGCGACUUGCCAUAAUAGUUCCCUACAGAGACAGAGAGGUGAACCUGAAGAUCCUCCUCAACAACCUCCACAGAGUGCUCCAGAAACAACAGGCGGAAUAUGCCAUCUUUGUAGUGGAGCAGGAAAAUGGUACACCGUUUAACAGAGGAUUGAUUAAAAACAUUGGUUACGUUGAAGCCCAAGCUCUUUGUCAUUUUGACUGUUUCACCUUCCAAGAUGUCGACUUGGUGCCUGAGAGUGAGAGGAAUACCUACUGGUGUGGUGCGAGGGCUUUACAUCACUCUCAAAGACUCGACAUACUGAAAUACAGGAUAUUUUACAAUAAUCACUUUGGUGGAGUGAUCACCUUCAACGAGACAUUUUUCUCCACCGUCAAUGGUUACUCUAACUUGUUCUUCAUGUGGGGAGGUGAAGAUGAUGACCUGUUUCACAGAUUGCUGAAGAAAAAAAUGCCAUAUGAAUUCAGCAGAUAUCCUCGUUACACUGCUUUGACGCAUAAGAAAGACCCGCACCAUACAAAGGAAGAGAUGGCUGUGUAUGGAAAAAGUCACCUCCGAUUUAAGAACGACGGCCUCAACAGUAUGGGACGACUUUACCGGUUAAUAUCUGUGGACUACAAGCCUCUGUAUACCCGAAUAUAUGUUUCUGUCAAUCAAACUGAAGUACUCACUCAGCUGAAGCAUUAUGGCAUUAAUUUAUGAAUGUUUCACUGGUUAUAACUCUUCAUGGUCUCGGCAGAAACCUUUUUCUUAUUAAUGAGUAUAACAUAUAUGAUCUAAUAUGACUUCCGUUAUUCCACCCUCGUGUGUUGAGAUUCUUGAUUAUCAACAUACAUGUCAACUCUCAGAGAUGACGCUCACUACAGGAAAUCUCACUCAUUUAUUAAGAAAUAUUUAUUCAACAAAAUAUAUUUUCCAUCUUUCUGGCUCUUCACCAAAAAAUACAAUGGGGCCCUAAAGCCCCCACUGCACACUAUAAAAAAACUUGGUCUUAGUUCGUUUGGUUCCCACGGUCCCUAGGAUGGUAGUCUAAUUUUGGUUGCUGGUGAUCUAUUGCCUUUUUUAUUUUGUGUUUUAUAUUAUAUCCAUUUUGAACAAGCUUUGGGCAAUUUCGGACAAGGUUGGUUAUUCUCUUGCAUUGACAAUUUAUAUUUACGUGUACAACAUUAAAUCGGGGGGCAGUUUGUAAAGACAUGGGAACUAUCUUGUGAUAUUUGCACUAACCCUAUAAGCCCAGGCAAUCUAGGCCAUUUUUCACUCAACUGGGAACAAAUUGCAACAGAUUUCAAUUUCAAGAUGGCCGACAAGUUUCCUAUAUGUGUGUUUACACUGUUGAAUCUUUUAACUCUAAAACAGUGUGCAAGGACUUAUAUGCAUGUAACUUGCCUCACUAACUCACUGAAAGAAAAGAAACUCCGUCAACUGAGCCCCCUGGUGGCCCAAAAACCCAAGAUGGCCGACAAGAGUUUGAUGGCUAGGCAUAGAAUAUCAAUACACUGUUGGUCUCUGAUGACAUAUUUCAGUGAUUUGAACUUCUACAUUGGAGUAAACAGACGCAAGGAUACAUGUAAAAUACUCAGUUAUUUGCAUAAAUCCAAUAUAACCACCACAUAUCUAUAUUUAUCGAGUUUAGAUUGUUAUUGUCUGAAUCUACUUAUUAACAUGACAAUAAACGCUACAACCAG